UCUUGUCUGGGUUAGAUUGGUUUUAAAUAUAUUUAGAUAAUGAUUUUAUUUAUAAAAUCGCAAUGAAGUUAAAACCAUAAAGUAAUUGUGUUUUAUAUAUACCUAAAUCAUGGGGAUAUGCUACAUUGUGAUGAUUCUUUGCCUGAUAUAUAUGCAAGUUCAUGGCAUUCCAAGUGAGUGUCAGAACUGUGGUUGCUGUGUGCCCGGUGCACAAACAUGCAUUUAUAAUGGUUACUGCAAUUAUGGAUGCCUAGAUGGAUAUCGGGGUGAUAGGUGUUAUAUAGAAUGCCAGUAUAUCAACUGUAAAAAAUGUGCACGGAAUGAUGGCUUCAACUGCUCUGAGUGUAAGAAUGGUUUUUAUGACAAUGAGUGUGGAUCGUCAUGUGCACCUAAUUGUGAAAGAUGUCAAAGACAAGAUGGCCAGUGUAGUUCUUGUGUGAAUGGAUACUGGGGAAAGAGUUGCAACAAUGAAUGUGGAUAUCAUUGUAAAACGUGUAUCCGAUGGGGAGGCUGCACAGAAUGUAAUACGGGGUAUUUUGGGCCUAAAUGUGAACAAUAUUGUGGAGACCAUUGUGCUAAUUGUAAUAAAGAGACUGGAUGUACUGCAUGUGAAAAUGGAUAUUAUGGAACCACUUGCGAAACUCAAUGUGGUGUAAAUUACUGUACAUCGUGCACCAGUCCUACACAGUGCACUUCGUGUACGGAUGGUCAAUUUGGAAGUACAUGUCUGUAUAAGUGUACCGAUGACUGCGUACACGGUAAUUGUGAUUCAACGACAGGUUCUUGUCAGUGCAAUGCUUAUUAUACAGGUGAGACAUGCGACCAGUGUUUUGUGGGGUACUAUGGUAACGGCUGCACACAGAGGUGUUCUGAAGGCUGCUCUGACGGGUGCAAUCGGAUUGACGGGGCAUGCACAUGCAAAUCCGGUUGGGCAGGGGAUAAAUGUGACACAUGUGCCGAUAAAUACUUUGGAGACAUGUGCAAUGAACAAUGUAAUAUUAAUUGUCUGUCAUGCACUGGGGAAUAUAACUGUACAUUUUGUCAAUCUGGAAGGUAUGGUGAUCAAUGCCAACUCAGAUGUGGGAAAGGCUGCGUAAAUGCCAAGUGUGAUAACAAAUCAGGACAUUGCAUAUGCAUAAGCAAUAGUUUUGUUGCAACACCAUCAACAGGCUAUUGUGAUGUUUGUGUACCCGGACAUUAUGGUCAAACGUGUGAGAAAAGAUGUCCUGAUACAUGCUAUUCAUGCGAAAACGAUUAUAAUUGCACAUCAUGCCAUGACGGAUAUUUUGGAAAAUCCUGUCAAAUACACUGUCCUGGUGGGUGUCAGGAAAGUACUUGCAAUAAAGAGAGUGGGUCGUGUUUGUCAUGCAGAGGUGGAUUUUUCGGAGGAUACUGUAACAUAUCUUGCCCGCAGUUAUGUAAAUCAUGUGACCAAAACGGGUCAUGUUCCGAGUGUAAACCUGGAUAUUCAAACACACAGAAACUCUGUACACAUAUAACAGCAGAUAUUGAAAAUACAAGUGAAAGUGAAAAACAGACAACAUUGUCAGCAUAUCUUGAAUGUGGUGGUUUGGUGGUGCUUGUAAUCAUUGCAAUCCUUGGAAUGUGUUGGUUUCGUAAAAGGCGAAGGUCAAACAUGGAACAUGAUGAUUUACAUACCAACAAUUCAUUUCAUGAUGCCAACACUUAUGACACAGUGGAUUCUAAUCUUCGUGAGGUUGAACUCAACGAUCUGAAGUAUGAGACUCUUCAAGUUACAGAUGUACAUAAGAUGCAAAAAACAACUGACUUGUCUACCAUCUCUAAACAAGGAAAUGAAAACCCGGCAUAUGAAAAUGUUAGUGGACCCUGGUCAUAAACGACUAUCCGACAGGCCUAACAAAAAAGGACAUCAUUUUAAUUGAAGACGACUGCUGUUGUGGUCAGACGAAAGCCAAAAAGGGUGAAAUAAAAAAAAAACGUCCCAAGAAAUUCCCCAGAAAGAGCAUUUAAGCAUUCGACUUAUAUGAUUUUAAAAACAAUUAUAGUUGCAGAAUGAAUGUAAACACGAACUGUUUGAUAUAUGUUUCCAAGUAUACUUUUGCAUGCCUUGUAAUGCCUCAAUAUCACUCCUGUAUCUUUUGAAUGUUUAAUAGACAUAGAUUUUGGGACACCAGAAUCAUAUCGUUCCACA